AUGCGUCUGGGUCUGCUUACGCUUCUGGUCGGUGCCUUAUUCCUGCCUCGCGCAACCUGUGUCGAGCAUUGUCCGGGCGUCCUCCAAGCACCCUGGGAAGAUGGCGUGCAACAGGAUGCUUUCACUGCAUACGACGAUGGGCUCUUCACACCACUGGGAGAUCUCUCUGCUCUCUCUACUUCGCAUUUCACGCCCCUUAGCCAUCCAGCUUUCCCGCGGCACAGUGUGCGCGCGAAGCAGUCGCAGUUCUGCGACGGCAAAGUGCGGGCGUAUACUGGGUACAUCGAUGUUGAAGCGCACCAUCUGUUCUGGUUCUUCUUUGAGAGCCGAGGGGAUCCCGACGCGGACGACGUCAUCUUCUGGACGAACGGCGGCCCCGGGGGGUCAGGUGCCGUUGGAUUGUUCUCUGAACUCGGCCCAUGUCGCGUGACGAGUGCAAACAGUACGGAAUGGAACCCGUGGUCUUGGAACGAGCACGCAAACAUAUUCUUCAUCGAGCAACCCGUCAGCGUCGGGUUCUCUUACGCCGAAUUCGGGGAGUCUGUGUCAACGACUCGUGAGGCGGCGGACGAUGUUGCAGCGCUCAUGGGAAUUUUCUUUGAGCAUUUCACCAAGUUCAAAGGUCGAGCACUGCAUCUUGCAGGCGAGUCUUACGGGGGUCGCUAUAUCCCCGUCUUUGCCUCCGCCAUAUACGACAAAAAUACGGAGCUCGUCGAAGCUGGGCUUACGCCAAUCAACUUGACGUCCAUUAUGCUAGGGAAUGGAUGUACGGAUUUCGCCACAAUGUUCCCAUCUUACUACGAUGCCCAAUGCGCGGACCCGACUUUCCCCGCCAUUCAGGACAUUUCUACCUGCGUACGACUGAAACAGAUGGCUCCCCGAUGCGAGCAGCGCUUCAAGAAGUCCUGCGUCGAUACCCUGGACAAAAUCGACUGCGCGGCCGCGGCCGCGUUCUGCUUCCAAGUCUUGACUGGUCAUUACAAGAAUCCAUACUUUUACGAUCGCUCCCGCCCCUGCACACACGAUGAAGAAAUGGAAGUCUGCUACCCCAUCAUCAGCGACAUCAAUGCGUACCUCAGCCAGCCGUACAUCCAAGAGCUCCUCGGGGUCGACCCCGCAGUGCGCGGCAACUACAGCCUCACGUCCGCCACCGUCGCCGCCGCGUUCGACGCCACGCUCGACUGGUACUCCUUCCCCGCGCAGUACCACAUCGCGGCGCUCCUCGAGCGCGGCGUGCGCGCGCUCGUAUUCGUCGGCGCGACCGACUUUAUCUGCAACUGGAUUGGGAACGAGCGGAUGACGCUCGCGCUGGAGUGGACGCAGCAGGAGGCGUACCGCAGCGAGCCGCUCACGGAGUGGCUCGUCGACGGCAAGCCGGCGGGGCUGACGCGCAGCGGGGGCGGGCUGACGUUUGCGACGAUCUCGGGCGCGGGCCACUUGGCUCCGUACGAUAGGCCGGUGGAGGCGUCGGCGUUGGUGAACAGGUGGCUAGCGGGCCAGGCUCUGUGAACGAAGUAGGAGGAUGAUCGGAGGCGAGCACAAGACGAGCAUUUAGUGUAUGUCUGUCAGCAUGAAUGUAGUCUUCGAAUCCUUUGAGCGCAUCAGCGGUAAUGGCUU